AUGCGGCGGUUGGUGCCGCGUUCAGUCUGGGAUCUACAACGUUCUAUUGAUACCCCGCAAGUUCUUCUCGAUUCUACAUGGUCAUCACCAGUGACAGCAGCUUCAUUCAUUGGCACAUAUGAUGUGGCUCUGGCAUUUCGUGAGCGCCUAGUUCGGUAUAGCGGAGUGUCCGUUCGUAGCGACAUGCUUGCACUGGAGGAAAACGCCGACGCAGCUGCAGGAUCUCGUGUGACAUCUCAACCGCGGUUGUUCUGCGGAUUCUUCGCUUUUCAGUCGGAGUACUUUGCCACUGGGGAUGUACCAACCAAUGGUGUCAGCUUCAUAUGCACUGAAACAAAGUCGGGUGGCUAUUUUGUUGUGCCUUUAGGUAACAGACAUGGUCUGAUGACCUGGGAUGUUGCCACAAGUGCCGUGAAUGCAACGGUCGCCAGUUGUGGAGUGGACGGAAGGCUAUUGUUGUCAUCCAAUGGACGUCUCGUCACAUAUGCGAGCCCUUGUGAUUAUGGGUUCUCGCUUAUGAAGUCGUCACUCACUCUGAUUAGGAGAAGGGUGAGCGAACCUGAAACUGUGAACAUAGGAACGUUGUUUUCCAAGAUGGAUGUACCUGAUGACAACCACGAGCAUGCUGCAGGGAAAGAUGCUCCAGUGCGGCGAGCGUGCUCAUGUUACACGACUCAUGAAGAAACGCUACAACAUUUAUGGCUCGACGUAUCUCUGGCUUCUGAUCCCUGUGAGUGGGAGUUCCUUCUAUUGCUUCACUGA